GAAACACACGGGGUUUUUCUCUGUUCCCGGUCAUUUAAAUGAUUAUGUAGAGAAAUGCGUUAGAUUAACCCGCACUGUCGAGUGCUGUCGGCACCAAACUUGCGCAUGUUUUAUUUUUAACUUCUGUUUAAACCAGCGUUUUUGUUUGUUAGUUUGUUUAUAAAAAAAAAAGUCAGACGCCUGGAAGAUGGGCUGCACAGCGAGCAGUGGCGAUAGAGCGGCCAAUGACAGGAGCCGGAUGAUCGACAAGAACUUAAAGGACGAAGGAGAAAGAGCCGCGCGCGAGGUCAAACUGCUUCUCCUGGGUGCUGGUGAGUCCGGGAAGAGUACAAUUGUCAAACAAAUGAAGAUCAUCCACCAGGAUGGUUACUCACAAGAAGAGUGCAAUCAGUUGAGGGCCGUGGUGUACAGCAACACCACGCAGUCCUUGAUGAUCAUCAUAAGGGCCAUGGAGCGGCUGGACAUCGAUUUUGCCGAUGCUGCUCGUGCUGAUGAUGCAAGGCAGUUGUUUGCGCUAGCGAGCACAGCUGAUGAGGGCGAAAUGAGUCCAGAGCUCGCCGGCAUCCUUAAACGCCUGUGGGGAGAUGGUGGUGUACAGAUAUGCUUCGGGCGCUCCAGGGAGUACCACCUCAACGACUCCGCUUCAUACUACCUGAAUGAUCUAGACAGGAUAUCGGUCGCUACUUACGUCCCCAAUCAACAGGACAUCCUCAGGACCAGAGUGAAGACCACUGGUAUCGUUGAGACCCAUUUCACCUUCAAGGAUCUUCACUUCAAGAUGUUUGACGUGGGCGGCCAGAGAUCUGAGAGAAAGAAGUGGAUUCACUGCUUCGAGGGGGUGACCGCCAUCAUUUACUGUGCUUCGAUGAGUGACUACGAUCUGGUUCUGGCUGAGGAUGAGGAAAUGAACCGCAUGCAUGAGAGCAUGAAGCUGUUUGACAGCAUCUGUAACAAUAAGUGGUUUGAGGAGACUUCCAUCAUCCUCUUCCUCAAUAAGAAAGAUCUGUUUGAAGAGAAAGUCAAGAAAAGCCCUCUGACCAUUUGCUUCCCAGACUACACUGGCGGGAGCUCGUAUGAUGAAACCUCCUCCUAUAUCCAGAGUCAGUUCGAGAACCUGAACCUGAAGAAGGAAACCAAGGAAAUCUACACUCACUUUACUUGCGCAACAGACACGAAGAACGUGCAGUUUGUCUUCGACGCUGUCACUGAUGUCAUCAUCAAGAACAAUCUGAAGGACUGUGGGCUUUUCUAGAUCCAGCUGUUACAUCAGGCGAAGAAAAAUCAGACAGACAGCAAGUAGGUGGGAGAAGUAUGGCUGCAGCGAAGUCAACCACGAACACGGCAUAUCCGUUAUAUAAACGCUUUAUUUAUCGUCUCUAAACAUUUAUACUGUUUCAGGGAAAAAAGAUCUUUAUGUAAAUUAUUUGUACAACUGUAAUUGUUUUUGGAAAAUGUUUUUAAAAGAAUAUUUAUAGUGGCGCUCUUAAGGGUUAUUACAGUUUUUUUGUUUCUCAUGCUGAAGGUUUUUGGGAACAUCUUUUUUUUUCUGCUUUUGAAUUUGUCAUCUAAGCUGCUAAAAUAGAGAUGUAGGCCUUAAUAUGUUGUACUCAUAUACCAUUCGUAGGGCUGUUUUCCAAUGAUGACUGAUGAUGACAGAGAGCAUAUAUAAAUAGUUGACGAUAUGAUCUCGCGGUGUAUGUGUAAGAAAAAAAAGCUGCCUGAAUAUUACGAGUAGUGUAGAGAAACUCCUCUGUCUGCGAAACAUUAUAGAUGGAUGAGAUUUCCCAGAAUGCAUCUGACUGACUACGCAGAUUUUGCAUCCAUCAUGUCUGAUUAGUCGGUAGUUUGAUUACGAAGUGACAAUAGAGAGACUGAAGGGAUGUUGAGGAGGAAAUGAGGAAUGAUUUCGAGAAGAACACACAUAACUUUGUAAGAAGUGGAGAUGCUUAAGGGAAACCUUUUUAAAAAGACUGAAGCAUUUCGACCUUGUUAAAUCAUUUCUGUAGCAACUUGUGGUCCAAGUGCAUUGCACACUAUUCAACUGCGUCUUAUGCUUGCUAGAAAAUAUGAGUGAAUUAUGUGAUGUAGACAUUUUUGCUAGUUAUUUAUGAGGAAUCGUAAUAGUUUUAUGUGCCUCUUUCUAUGUCCCUCACUGUCUCUGUUCUCGUUGGUGGGGAAAAAACUUACCAAUAUCUACUAUUUUGCUAAUAAAAUGUGCUGUGGGUAACUCAUAGCAUUUCAAAAUACAUUACUUUCAUGUUUGUUUUGCAGCCUUUGCUUUUGGUUUAGGUUGUUUAUGUUAAGCUCU